GACUCAGACCAGAACUUCCAAAGCUAUUUGAUCUUUCACAUUUGAUACAAAGAUCCGUUUUUAAAAACCACCCUUUUGUAAGAAAAUGGCGUCUGUUCAAUAUGAAUUCGAAGACAUGGAGAUCAACGAUUCGAUCAUCAUGUCGCUUCUCGAAGAAUCAUCUCUAGACGAUGAUAUCAGCGAGGACGAAGAGCAACUGAACCGAGUGAUGAGAUCGUUAGAGGCCGAGAUUAACACGACCUCGUUAGACUGUCCGAACGUGGAGGAAACCGACAGAUCCCGUUUCGAAAAACAAGUGGAAGGAUGCGAAUUUCCGGAGCCACGGGAUCGCUUCGAUGAUUUCGGGCUGGUCGAUGCCAUGCUUUCGUUACAGAGCGAUGAUGACAUGAUGAUGAGUUGGUAUUCGGUAUCUUGCAUGGAUGGUGCGGAUGGUAACAACGUUCGUGAAAUUGGAGGAUUCGACGGCUAUUCUCAAAUGAACUACGAGGUCGCGUUUGAGGAGCAGCAAUUCUGCUAUGAGCUGUGGCAAGAUCAGACCAAUGACGUAAUUUUUGUGUAGGUUUCAUGUUGUUUUGCUAUGUAACUCUUGUCUGUAUAUCACGUCCUUGUAUGUCUCGUUUUUAACCAAUUCGAUUUCUCGUCAAAUUUAAAAUAUUGUAUGA